AUGUCGAACUUGAUUAUACAACUACUUGCUUUUGACAAAUUUAACGGAGAGAAUUACUCGAAUUGGAAAUCGAAUAUCAACACAAUAUUAGUAGUAGACGAUUUGAGGUUUGUGUUAAUGGAGGAGCAUCCUCCAGUUCCCAGUUCAACGGCGACCGGAAAUGUUCGGGAUGUUUAUGAUAGGUGGGUGAGGGCGAACGAAAAAGCACGGGCCUAUAUCAUGGCAAGUAUAUCUGAUGUACUCAACAAGAAACAUGAGGUCAUACCCACAGCUCGUAAGAUCAUGGUAUCAUUACAGGAGAUGUUCGGGCAACCGUCAUCGUCUGUUAGUCAUGAAGCCAACAAAUAUGUGUAUGUGACACGUAUGAAGGAUGGAACCAAUGUAAGAGAACACGUUGUUGACAUAAUGGUCCAUUUUAACAUCGCGGUGGCUCACGGGGCUAUGAUAGACGAAACAAGUCACGAACGUGUGGCCGUGAAGGAAGUUAUUGAGCAAAGCAAGGUUCGUUUUUGGUCAGUUCGUUAUUCUGAGCAUGCCUUUGGGUUCGCCCCUUAUGCCUAUGCCUAUGUUUAUGAUGCCCUUGUGUAUUUUGGUCCAAUGGAUAGACUAACAGAUCACUGA